AUGGACGACGCUCUAGCUCAAAUUCUGCUGGAGGACGACGUCGAGCAGACGUUUCGAGAGCGCUCGGAUGCUUUCGAAGAACACGACGACGUCUUUUUCGGAAAGUAUAGAAUGACGAAGGCGCUCGCACACUGGCUAUGCGAGCAGCUGAGGCCAACUCUACAACCCCGAAGACAGACGCGAACGACAUUGUCCGUGGAGGAACAGGUCCUCAUCGCCCUGAGGUUCUACGCCACCGGUAGCUUUCAAGGAGCCGUUGGGAGCGACCGUGAUCUGUCGGUAACCCAGGGAUCUGUGAGCAGGGUUCUGUUCAAGGUCACAAACGCCAUCAUACACCGCCUUGCACCAUUGUGGAUCCGAUUUCCUCAAGAUCCUGCAGACGUCAGGGCUGCAAUGAGGGACUUCUUGACCAAAUGGCAUAUGCCUGGCGUGAUUGGAUGCAUCGAUGGAACUCUCAUAUCUAUCAUCGCUCCCUCAGAAAGCAGCGGUCGGUACCAAAAGAGUGCGUUUUUCAGCAGGAAACAAUUCUACGCACUCAACGCGAUGAUCGUUUGUGACUCCUCCAUGCGGAUCACGUCCCUAGACUGCUCAUUUUCGGGAGGGACGCACGACGCGUACGUCUGGCGCCACAGCGAGCUGCGCAAGGAGCUCUCGCGAACGUAUUCGCCUGGUGUAGACCGGUUCCUUCUGGGCCAUCCCCCGAGGUCAACGCCAGGGGCACGACUCAACAAUCGCCACAAAAGAGCGCGUGGUAUCGUGGAGAAAUGCAUCGGGAUACUAAAGUCGAGGUUCCGGUGUCUUCAGCGGCAUCGAAGCCUGCAGUACAGUCCGGACAGGGCAGCAAGGAUUGUCGUAGCGUGUGCCGUGCUGCACAACAUUUGCGUGCAUGCACGGACACCCGCAGUUGACGGCGACGGCCCUGACGACGACGGUCCAGAUGACGACGAUGACUCUCGAAUGAUGUCCCGUCACAUCAACUACGAUGACAACGUGUAUGACACAGGAGCGGACGUGCGAAGCAAAAUUAUUGACAAGCUGUGGCGCUCUUAA